GUCAAGGUACCAAAACAUCGUCUCAUCCGUCUACCUAUGUUUUUCACCGACUUUAAACCCUUCACCGUCGAGGUGCAGUCUGAUCCUCCUGUUACAAUCUUUGGCAAGAAGAGUGACAGACAGGGAUCUGAAGCAUUUCCCCCGCUACUUCUACUACAUGGCUUCCCCCAAAGUCACUAUUGUUGGCACAAUGUGGUCCCAUCGCUCAUGCACAAGUAUAACAUUGUGCUGAUGGACCUUCGGGGAUACGGUGAAUCCUCCAAGCCGGAACUAGUCUCGCAGUAUGCAAAGAGUUUAAUGGCUCGCGACUGCGCCAUUGUUAUGUCGACCCUCGGCUUUGAGACAUUCUUUGUCUGCGCCCAUGACCGCGGUGCAAGAGUGGCUCAUAAGCUCUGCGUCGACUAUCCUGAACGCGUGAGAAAGGCUAUUCUGCUUGACAUUGCCCCAACUUUGGAUAUGUAUUCCUCUCCGACAUUUGACAUGGCAAAGACUUAUUUUCAUUGGUUCUUCCUUAUCCAGAAAACACCGUUUCCUGAAGAAUUAAUCGCCUCGAAUGCUCGCAGGACGGCAGAAAUGUUUCUCGCUGGAGGAGACAAAGAUCAACUUGAACGCUUUGACCAAGGGUGUUUCGCCUACUAUGUUGACCGUCUGGGUGAUAAAGCUUGUAUACACGCCAUGUGCCAGGACUAUCGAGCCAGCGCCUCUGUAGACUUGGAGGAGGCACGCCAGGACGAACGUCUAGGAAUCAAGAUUCAGUGUCCAUUGCUCGUUCUCUGGAGCAAACAUGGUCUGAUAGCAUCGCAAUAUGAGCCCUUGAAUCUGUGGAAGGCAUUAGCCAAGGUCCAGGAAAGCGUCACAGGGUGGGCGGUCGACUCGGGCCAUUUCAUCCCGGAACACAUACCUCUACAGGUGGCCUCGGCUAUAGAGACGUUUCUCACUUGAUUUUAUCUCCAUGGGUCAAUGAUUCGUGUUAGUGGCCGCUCAAAACAGUGAUUGAGUGAUCUACAAUAGAUUCAGUGGUUGGAAGAGGGGCUAUAGAGUAUAGAACCAAGGUGAAAGACUCGCAGUAAACGCGACUCUCGAAAACUUGAUUUGAACGAUGAGUUACCUAUCAUAUAAUUCAUAAACUGUUGCCUGCAA